UCUGUGGAAGGUUUGUCGUUUGUUGACUGAAUCGAUGAUCUCCCUUUUAAGGACCACGACAAUUAAGUAAAUACAAUGAGGAACAAAACAACAGACAGAAGGUAGUGACAGAUCUUUACUUUGUUAAGUAAACCAGUGUUUAUGGGCAAAGCAAGAGCCAGAAUUAGAGAAGAAGAGGCAGUAGUGACUAUCGCUUUCGGCUGAUCCAGGAUGGCUUCGUCAAAGGCCGUCCUCUGCUAGCUGCUGUGCACAUGAUGCCAUUAGUGGACCCUCGAAGGGCUUCAAGCCACACACAAUCAGGAGCAUCGCGAUCUAGCUUGACACAUCACUUGGGUAAAACUGCAACUACAGAGCCUCCAAGGACAAAAACUGCUGAAGUAAACAAGUGAAUCUCCCAGAAGAAGGGAGAACUGGUAAAGAAGCUGGGAAGGACAACAACAAUCACAGAGGGUCACAGACUAAGAGUGGUGGUAACACUCCAGGCAGCUUUCCUUACCCGGGCAACAAACCCCUCGUUCCUUCUCACGGCCCCAGUGUUGGUAAAGGUGGACCUGGUACUCAGGGGUCGGAGGUGUGGGACCUGAGAAGGCUAGAAGAGGAAAGUGAAGUAGCUUUAGAGCGUCGGCGGCAACAGCUGACGCAGGAGUUGAUGCGUGAGAUGGCUGGUGACUCGCAUCACCAUAUGUCAGCUAUGGAUAAGAAGCAAAUGCAUGGUCAGCAUGGCCAUCGAAGAAGCAUUUCAUCUUCCAGUAGCAGCUCAUCCUCAUCCACUUCCUCAUCAACUUCAUCAUCUUCAAGUUCCUCCUCCACUGACACAUCAGCUCACAGACCUGGCCACAAGCGGGACACAAAGCGCAAGCCAAGACCCAGCAAAAGGGUUGCUCCCUCAGGCGACCGCUCCAAGCUUAAGAAGACCAAGUCAGCAUCAUCUUCGAGAAAACAUAGCAGUAGCAAAAGCAGUAAGAAGAGUCACCCUAGUAAGAAGGACCAUGACAAAGUUAGGAGUCACAAGACUAGCCGUUCACCCACCAGAAGGAAGAGUUCCAUGUCCAAGAAACUUUUGUCUCCUGGACGCAAACGCUCACCUUCUCCUAGUUCCAGAAAGUCACACAAGAUAUCACCUGGAUCCUCUAAACGAAGUAAGAGUAGAAAGAGGUCACACUCUCCUAGAGAGCGUGUAGAAUACCGAGACAACCGCAUGGCUGUACCAGAGAGAUCCCUAAGCCAUGGGCGUGACCCUAGCCUUGGAUCUCAUGCGGGUUCAUCACGUGGUCGAGAUCCGAGAGUUGAUGACCGAAUGCGUAGAAUGUCUCCUGAGCAGAUAGGAAGGGACAGAUACAGUAGCAGAGCAGAAUCACCAAGUCGGAGAUAUGAAAAGGAGCGUGGAAUGGAAGAAUAUGUUGAACAGCGCCGAGAGCGUCGGUCUCCCAUAUCAAGAUCAAGAGAAGUUGAAAGGAAGGAUCCUCAUCGACAUAGAGAUUAUGACAGGCAUGAACGGGAUCAUUAUGAUGAACGACGACGUGAUGACCCAAGAAGAGAAGAUCGUGAAAGGGAGCAGCUGAGAGAGCGAGAACUGAGGGAGAGGGAGUUGAGGGAUAGAGAGCUGUUAAAGGAAAGGGAGAGAGUAGAACUGAUGGAGCGGGAACAAGAACGUGAAAGAGAGAGAAUGAGAGAAGUGGAUGACAGGAGAGGACGCUAUGCAAGAGAGCAUGAAUUUGCAAGGGAGAGAGAAGUAGUGGUACGUGGUGGUGGCAGGGAGUAUGAAGGAGAAAGAGAGUUCUAUUCACCAAGGGGACGACCAGAGAUAGAUGCAAGAGUUAUGCCUGUUGAUGAUCGACGAGCCUACGAAGACCCAGCAUAUGAUAGAUAUCAGAGUGAACGUGAACGCAGUCGUUAUGAAGCAGGUCGUGAUCGAUAUGAAGAAUUAUCUUUACAUGAUCGUCGAGGACUGCCUCCUAUGGAGGAUCGACGCUCAGAUCGCAGAGGCCCUCCAAUUGAUACUCGUUUUCCAGAUGAACGCAGAAGAAGUGGAGGUAGCCUUGACCCAAGAGCUCAUGAAGCAUGGGUGGAGGAGCAUCGUGGAAUGGAGCGGUUGGAGAGAGCAGAGCACUUUGCCCCCCAUGUUCCGCCUCGUCAUCGCCACCAACCAGAUUGGGUGGGAGGCCGUCCACCUGCAGCUUGGGAAAGGCAUAAACACCUCAGUAACGUUUUACUUCUCCAUAACAGGCCUCCUAGCAGUGAGGAUGAGGGUAUUGAAAGUGCCUUGGUGCCUCCCAGAGGUGGGGAUGCAGGCACUCCCCCACCCCCGGACCAGGACCAGGCACUCAUGCCAGGGGAGUUGUGGGAGUAUGAUCCAGGCAGAGGUUCAUGGGUGCGAAGGGCAGCCGAUGCUCCACCAGCGCCUGAAGCUGAGUCACCUUCUAAGAAGGAAAAGUCUUUGUCAGAACCUCCUCAGGAAGCAGAGAGUGAAAAUGGAGGCAAUGCAGAGAUAAAGAAAAGGAGUACACCGGAAGAACCUGUCAUUGAGGAAGUAACAGCCAAGAAAACACGAGUAGAAGCUCCAGCAGAUGUUGAGGAGCCUGAAAACACCCUGCAGGAGAAGGAUACAUUCAGUGACAUCAGUGAUGAUGCUGAUGACAUUCUUAAUCAAGAGGUUGGAGGGUAUAAUGAUGAUGAUAGUCGCAACUUGAGUUCAAGUCAGUUGGAGGAUUCACGGAACAUGAGCCGUGAGAAUGGACCAUCGUAUGAUGAUCUGUUGGAUGAUGAAGAAGCCAUUCACCUUGAGGAGAUCAGUGAUGAUGAGUUAGAAGAAGAUCGUCAGGCUAAAUUUAAUGUUGCAGGUGCUUUGGAUAUAAACUGGGCUUCUCUUGUGCGUGAUACCCCAGCAACACAUGAGGUUGCGGCAGGAACAGCUCUCAAGAGAUUCAGUCCUGCCCAUCUGCUGGCACGGAUAGGAGUGUCUACUAGAUAUGCUAGAAAGGAAGUGAUAGAAAAAGUCAGAGCUGUGUGUGCUGCAGACGCUGCUAAAGAUGAAGAACCCAAGGACAUUGAAGUGCCACCUGUAGUGGACUCCACAGGUGUUGUUCGCUUAAUAAAGGCACGAGAGGAGAGCCGCCAAAGAAUCCUGGAUAGUAUUGGUCCCAACAGGAGAGCUCUCUGUGCAAGGCAGGAUAUUGCCCUAAGACGGCAACUGUGCAAUCUCCCGGAGCAAGAUCUUCUGGGUGACAAUCCAUUGCUUGACAAGGAUUUGUUUAGACAGUCGGUCUCUUUACUGAAAUCAUGUUGAGCAAGACCUCCUGCAGAUGUUAUAAGAAAAUGAUAAUAAUUAUUUUUUUUAUCAUAAACUGAAAUGAUGCACAAGAGUUGAUACAUCAAAAAUGAUAAUUAACUAUAAAAUUUUCUUACAGAGAUAUUUUCUUGAUUGGGACAGUUAGGUUGAAUAAUAAAACAGUUGUAUUUUAUCCGAUUUUGUAAUUUCCUUGUUUUCCACCAGAGUACUUCAACAUAUAUAUAUUGUAGAAUUAUGAAAUACAUGAAUCUGAUCAUUAUGA